UCAAAACUCUCAGAUCAUAAACGACCCCAACACACUUCAUUUCAUAAUUUUUCGGUUUUAUUAUUGGAAAUAACAGAACAGAGAGGAGAUAUAGAAAACCAGUGAAGAGAAGAGAAGUGGCCAAUGGGUAGCUGUAACAUGGCGUCUGCGGCUUCUGGGUUCGUGCUCACGUCUAACUUGACGUCCAACACCAGCUCCUCUUCAAAGAACAUCGUCUCCUUCUCUUCUAGGAGGGAUUCACGGCUAGUUGUACGGGCGUCGGAAGAGCCGACGGCGCCACCGGCCGCACCUGCCCCUAAGGAGGGUGCAGCUCCGCCUCCCAAGCCUCCUCCGAUUGGACCCAAGAGAGGGACUAAGGUUAAGAUUCUCAGGAAGGAAUCCUACUGGUACAAUGGCAUUGGUUCUGUGGUCACUGUGGAUCAGGAUCCCAAAACUCGCUACCCUGUCGUGGUUCGAUUCAACAAGGUCAAUUAUGCCAAUGUUUCUACAAACAAUUACGCAUUGGAUGAGAUUCAAGAAGUGAAGUGAAGUGAAAUGAGAAAAUCAUCUGUUAUAAUGUGCAAUUGUAGCUUUCCUUUGCUAUUGAACGACUAGUGUAUUCACAGAGUCUGUAUUAUACUUCUCUUGUGGGAUGUGUUUUCUUCC